UUUAGUGCAAAUUCCCUAGUCUAGCACCACCCAUUUUAAUAGAUCUAUGAAUAACAAUUAAGUAAUUAUUUUUCAAGAUGCUGUUUCUGCUGCUACUGUUCCUCUCUUCUGCUGCAAUUUAUGAAAACACUGAGUUGAUCAUUAUUUCUCCACCAUUUUCUGUCAAUGCAAGUCUAGGCUCAACUGCAGAGUUUAACUGCACAUGUCAUUAUUGUGUAGGGCAGUUUUGGCUAGUAAAUGGUGUCUCUGCUAACUAUCAAGUUAAUUAUAACAAAGGAGUCAGAUCUACUAUGUCCUCUAAUAAUGGCAAUAAUAGAUCAUACACUUUAACAAUGCCAGCAUCAGUUCAACUCAAUGGAUCAACUAUAGAAUGUGUUGCUUAUAACGAAUCUUCACAAAGUACAUCUGCUGCAAAACUUUUAGUACAAGGUUUGUUGUCAGGAGUUGCCAAUGUAGCAAUAACACAAUUUAACAGCACAACAUUAAUAUUACAAUAUUUGGCACCAUUUACAUUAGCUGGAAUACCUAUACUUUAUUAUAAUAUACUAAUAUUGCCUACUAAUUUAUCAGUUAACAUCACUGAUACGCAAUUCCAUUUGCAUAUUAGUGAAUAUUGCAUCAGUUACAAUAUUAGUAUAACACCAUGGAAUAUUGUUGGCAUGGGCAAUGCUACCACACUAUCAGAUAUUGUCAUUCAUCAAGUUCCAGCUAUAACAAUGCCACAGCUUAUACAAGAGUACAAAAGCAAUAGUGAAACACUACAUGUUUAUUAUGAAGUUCAGUACAAUACAUCUUGUAAAGGAACAGUACCACAAUCAGUUUCACUAACAAUAAAUCAAGAAAAAGACCAUUACUGUUCAUUGGUAUCUCCUGUUGCCAACAACUGCACCAUUACUACUGCAGAUAUUGACAAUAAUGUCAAUGUUACUAUUAAUAUAACAGAAGUGUUGGGAUAUGGUGCUAAUUAUGUCAUUAAUAUGUCACUAUUUAAUGCCAACAAUAUCAAAACAGAAGAUUUCAUUUUCAAUAUAAGUAGGCACAUAUCACGUUAUUGCAGCUGCUAUAACAACAGUUAA